CCUUGUUUAGCACCUAGAAGCUUUUUUGGUGUAGAAGAUUUCCUUGAUGAUGACAAUAGCCGGCCAUACACUUACCAGAAGGGAAAAAAGUCCAAGAACCCAAACAAGCAUGUUUCUUUCAAGCAACGGACCGUAGCUUACAUGGAACCAUUCACCCUUGAUGUUUUCAUAUCGAAGCGCUUUGUUUCAGCCUCUAUCACCCAUAGAGUUACAUGCAAACAGGUUGCAGUAGCUGGUACAAACUCCAAAGACAUAAAGGCAGUGCUCAAAUCACGAAGUGAUAUUCCUGCGUGCUUGUCUGUAGGACAGAUUUUGGCUGACAGGGCCAGAGAGGCUGAUGUAUACACUGCUUCUUAUACUCCUAGAGACAGAGACAAGUUUGAAGGAAAAAUUAGAGCAGUUGUUCAGUCCCUCAUUGAUAAUGGUAUUGACAUCAAAGUUUAUCUUGACUGAAAAAGGUAUUGUUUACCCGUUGUAUCCACUUAUAUUCAACUGCCUCAAAGUUAAGAAUUUCCAGUCUACUUAGUAUUUCUUCUAGUGUUUGAUUUUCACAGACGCCCCUCAUUGUGGUGAAGACUUGCUCACUAACUUUUAUUUGAUUGAUUCAAUCAACUUACACCAUCUUUACUAAAGAAGACUAUUAGACUAAGUAUUCCAAAGUCUUAACGUGGAUCCUAAUAUCCUAUAAAGGCUUUGAAUGCUCCAAUCUUGCUGGUUAUACCCGGAUAGCAUUCUCAUUGUACAUUUUCAUCUUUUUAUUCCCCGGUCAUCAGCAGAAGCUCCGGGGCAAACGAGCUAGGGAGCAACAUCAGAGGCUUACUAGUGCAUCCCCAUGCCAAUGCCAUGUAUGUAACUACCGAUACAACUGUGCGGCUACGUCCAUGACAAUUGAGCUUGAUUUUGAAGGAUGAAGUGUAGUUAAGUUUACACAUUUGUGUGCCCCCGUCUGUUUCUUUUAUGACAAAAUUUGACAGUAAGUUAUUACUAGCAUGUAAAAUUCUGAGGGGUUGUGGGGUACUUGGUAUGUAAAAAUUUUAUCAGGAAGAAUGGGGUUCUAUCUAUUUCCUUGUUUAGUGAUUCUGCUCUCAUUUUAAAUGACAGUAUUGGACUGAA